UUUCGCCAUGUUGGCCAGGCUGGUCUCGAACUCCUGACCUCAGAUGAUCCACCUGCCUUGGCCUCCAGAGUGCUGGGAUUACAGGCGUGAGCCACUUUGCCCGGUUGGCCUUGGGAUUUUUUUUCACCAAAUAAUGCUUGUUCUGUGGCACUUCCUCGAGGGGGUUUUCUGCAUCUUUUUUCCUUGUGCCAAUAAAAAAGGGACAGAAAGUGGGGACAGACGAGGAGUAGAGAAUUCUAGAAUAUGCUAAUUCUAGAAUUCCAUAGUUUCUGGAAUGCCAGAGCUUCUGAAACAUAGUAGAGAGGGGUCUAGAACGUUAGGACAUGUUGGACACAAGGAUAUUCUGGAGCGCUCAUGGAUUAACAAUAUUAGAAUUCUCCCCUGCUUAUCAGAGAAUCCAGAAUGUAGAAGUUUCUGACAAAAAGGACCUGGAAAAUCACUGAUUCUAGAAUAGGGGAGUGUCAAGGGGAGUUCACACCCGUGAAUCUCCACCGGUAGGAAUAUCUUGCAUGCCAGGAUGUCUGAAAUGCUGAGAAUUACAAGAUACAGAAAGGAAUCAGGAUUACCAGGAAAUCUAGAGAAUAGAAGAGAUCCUGGACUAUCCGCCCUUCCAGAGCACUGGAAGAUUUGUUUGCAUUCCAAGAAAUCCAUAAUGCAGGAGAUUCCGGAUUAUCAGAGAAUCUAGAACACAAAUGGGAGACUUCAAAGCGUUGCUGCUUGUCGCUGCUGCCCAGGCCAGACGUCUAGGAGGAGCCGCUGCAUCCGAGUCCCUGGCUGUCUCCGAAGCCUCCUGCAGGGUCCAAAACUGCCAGCCCAAAAAGUGUGCAGGCCCCCAGCGGUGCCUGAACCCAGUGCCUGCAGUGCCCAGUCCCAGCCCCAGCGUGAGGAAGAGACAGGUGUCCCUGAACUGGCAGCCACUGACGCUGCAGGAGGCCAGAGCUCUACUGAAGCGGCGGCGGCCCCGGGGGCCUGGGGGCCGGGGACUACUGAGAAGGAGGCCCCCACAGCGUGCCCCCGCUGGCAAGGCCCCGGUCCUGUGUCCCUUAAUCUGUCACAAUGGCGGUGUAUGCGUGAAGCCUGACCGCUGCCUCUGUCCCCCGGACUUCGCUGGCAAGUUCUGCCAGUUGCACUCCUCGGGCGCCCGGCCUCCGGCCCCGGCUAUACCAGGACUCACCCGCUCCGUGUACACUAUGCCACUGGCCAACCACCGCGACGACGAGCACGGCGUGGCAUCUAUGGUGAGCGUCCACGUGGAGCACCCGCAGGAGGCGUCGGUGGUGGUGCACCAGGUGGAGCGUGUGUCUGGCCCUUGGGAGGAGGCGGACGCCGAGGCGGUGGCGCGGGCGGAAGCGGCGGCGCGGGCGGAGGCGGCAGCGCCCUACACGGUGUUGGCACAGAGCGCGCCGCGGGAAGACGGCUACUCGGACGCCUCGGGCUUCGGUUACUGCUUUCGGGAGCUGCGCGGAGGCGAAUGCGCGUCCCCGCUGCCCGGGCUCCGGACGCAGGAGGUCUGCUGCCGAGGGGCCGGCUUGGCCUGGGGCGUUCACGACUGUCAGCUGUGCUCCGAGCGCCUGGGGAACUCCGGAAGAGUGGGCGCCCCAGAUGGACCUUGUCCAACCGGCUUUGAAAGAGUUAAUGGGUCCUGCGAAGAUGUGGAUGAGUGCGCGACUGGCGGGCGCUGCCAGCACGGGGAGUGUGCAAACACGCGCGGCGGGUACACGUGCGUGUGCCCCGACGGCUUUCUGCUCGACUCGUCCCGCAGCAGCUGCAUCUCCCAACACGUGAUCUCAGAGGCCAAAGGGCCCUGCUUCCGCGUGCUCCGCGACGGCGGCUGUUCGCUGCCCAUUCUGCGGAACAUCACUAAACAGAUCUGCUGCUGCAGCCGCGUGGGCAAGGCCUGGGGCCGAGGCUGCCAGCUCUGCCCACCCUUCGGCUCAGAGGGUUUCCGGGAGAUCUGCCCUGCUGGCCCUGGCUACCACUACUCGGCCUCCGACCUCCGCUACAACACCAGACCCCUGGGCCAGGAGCCACCCCGAGUGUCACUCAGCCAGCCUCGUACCCUGCCAGCCACCUCUCGGCCAUCUGCAGGCUUUCUGCCCACCCAUCGCCCGGAGCCCCGGCCUGACCCCCGGCCUGAUCCCCGGCCCGGCCCUGAGCUUCCCUUGCCCAGCAUCCCUGCCUGGACUGGUCCUGAGAUCCCUGAUUCAGGUCCUUCCUCCGGCAUGUGUCAGCGCAACCCCCAGGUCUGCGGCCCAGGACGCUGCAUUUCCCGGCCCAGCGGUUACACCUGUGCUUGCGACUCUGGCUUCCGGCUCAGCCCCCAGGGCACCCGAUGCAUUGAUGUGGACGAAUGUCGCCGCGUGCCCCCGCCCUGUGCUCCCGGGCGCUGCGAGAACUCACCAGGCAGCUUCCGCUGCGUAUGCGGCCCGGGCUUCCGAACCGGCCCACGGGCUACGGAAUGCCUGGACGUGGACGAGUGCCACCGCGUGCCGCCGCCGUGUGACCUCGGGCGCUGCGAAAACACGCCAGGCAGCUUCCUGUGCGUGUGCCCCGCCGGGUACCAGGCUGCACCACACGGAGCCAGCUGCCAGGAUGUGGAUGAAUGCACCCAGAGCCCAGGCCUGUGUGGCCGAGGGGCCUGCGAGAACCUGCCCGGCUCUUUCCGCUGUGUUUGCCCGGCUGGCUUCCGGGGCUCGGCGUGUGAAGAGGAUGUGGAUGAGUGUGCCCAGGAGCCGCCGCCCUGCGGGCCUGGCCGCUGUGACAACACGGCAGGCUCCUUUCACUGUGCCUGCCCUGCUGGCUUCCGCUCCCGAGGGCCCGGGGCCCCCUGCCAAGAUGUGGACGAGUGUGCCCGAAGCCCCCCACCCUGCACCUACGGCCGGUGUGAGAACACAGAAGGCAGCUUCCAGUGUGUCUGCCCCACGGGCUUCCAACCCAACGCUGCUGGCUCCGAGUGCGAGGAUGUGGAUGAGUGUGAGAACCACCUGGCAUGCCCUGGGCAGGAGUGUGUGAACUCACCUGGCUCCUUCCAGUGCAGGCCCUGUCCUCCUGGCCACCACCUGCACCGUGGCAGAUGCACUGAUGUGGACGAAUGCAGUUCGGGUGCCCCUCCCUGUGGUCCCCACGGCCACUGCACUAACACCGAAGGCUCCUUCCGCUGCAGCUGCGCGCCAGGCUACCGGGCGCCGUCGGGUCGGCCCGGGCCCUGCGCAGACGUGAACGAGUGCCUGGAGGGCGAUUUCUGCUUCCCUCACGGCGAGUGCCUCAACACUGACGGCUCCUUUGCCUGUACUUGUGCCCCCGGCUACCGACCCGGACCCCGCGGAGCCUCUUGCCUCGACGUGGACGAGUGCAGCGAGGAGGACCUUUGCCAGAGCGGCAUCUGUACCAACACCGACGGCUCCUUCGAGUGCAUCUGUCCUCCGGGACACCGCGCCGGCCCGGACCUCGCUUCCUGCCUCGACGUGGACGAAUGUCGCGAGCGGGGCCCGGCCCUGUGCGGGUCGCAGCGCUGUGAGAACUCCCCCGGCUCCUACCGCUGUGUCCGGGACUGCGAUCCUGGGUACCAUGCGGGCCCCGAGGGCACCUGUGACGAUGUGGAUGAGUGCCAAGAAUAUGGUCCCGAGAUUUGUGGAGCCCAGCGUUGUGAGAACACCCCUGGCUCCUACCGCUGCACACCGGCCUGUGACCCUGGCUAUCAGCCCACACCAGGGGGCGGAUGCCAGGAUGUGGACGAAUGCCGGAACCGGUCCUUCUGUGGUGCCCACGCCGUGUGCCAGAACCUGCCCGGCUCCUUCCAGUGCCUCUGUGACCAGGGUUACGAGGGGGCGCGGGAUGGGCGUCACUGCGUGGAUGUGAAUGAAUGUGAAACACUACAGGGUGUAUGUGGAGCUGCCCUGUGUGAAAACGUCGAAGGCUCCUUCCUCUGUGUCUGCCCCAACAGCCCGGAGGAGUUUGACCCCAUGACUGGACGCUGUGUUUCCCCACGAACUUCUGCUGGCACGUUCCCAGGCUCACAGCCCCAGGCACCUGCCAGCCCCGUUCUGCCGGCCAGACCACCCCCGCCCCGCCGACCCAGCACACCUAGGCAGGGCCCUGUGGGGAGCGGGCGCCGGGAGUGCUACUUUGACACGGCGGCCCCGGAUGCAUGUGACAACAUCCUGGCUCGGAAUGUGACGUGGCAGGAGUGCUGCUGUACUGUGGGUGAGGGCUGGGGCAACGGCUGCCGCAUCCAGCAGUGCCCAGGCACCGAGACAGCUGAGUACCAGUCAUUGUGCCCUCACGGCCGGGGCUACCUGGCGCCCAGCGGAGACCCGAGCCUCCGGAGAGAUGUGGACGAAUGUCAGCUCUUCCGAGACCAGGUGUGCAAGAGUGGCGUGUGUGUGAACACGGCCCCGGGCUACUCGUGCUAUUGCAGCAACGGCUACUACUACCACACACAGCGGCUGGAGUGCAUCGAUAAUGACGAGUGCGCCGAUGAGGAGCCGGCCUGUGAGGGCGGCCGCUGCGUCAACACUGUGGGCUCUUACCACUGCACCUGCGAACCCCCACUGGUGCUGGAUGGCUCACAGCGCCGCUGCGUCUCCAACGAGAGCCAGAGCCUCGAUGACAAUCUGGGAGUGUGCUGGCAGGAAGUUGGGGCUGACCUCGUGUGCAGUCACCCUCGGCUGGACCGUCAGGCCACCUACACAGAGUGCUGCUGCCUGUAUGGAGAGGCCUGGGGCAUGGACUGUGCCCUCUGCCCUGCCCAGGACUCAGAUGACUUCGAGGCCCUGUGCAAUGUGCUACGCCCCCCUGCAUAUAGCCCCCCGCGACCAGGUGGCUUUGGACUCCCCUACGAGUACGGCCCAGACUUAGGCCCACCUUACCAGGGCCUCCCGUAUGGGCCUGAGUUGUACCCGCCACCUGCGCUGCCCUACGACCCCUACCCACCGCCACCUGGGCCCUUUGCCCGCCGGGAGGCUCCUUACGGGGCACCCCGCUUCGACAUGCCAGACUUUGAGGACGAUGGUGGCCCCUAUGGCGAAUCUGAGGCUCCUGCGCCACCUGGCCCAGGCACCCGCUGGCCCUAUCGGUCCCGGGACACCCGCCGCUCCUUCCCAGAGCCCGAGGAGCUUCCUGAAGGUGGAAGUUAUGCUGGUUCCCUGGCUGAGCCCUACGAGGAGCUGGAGGCAGAGGAGUGCGGGAUCCUGGACGGCUGCACCAACGGCCGCUGCGUGCGCGUCCCCGAAGGCUUCACCUGCCGCUGCUUCGAUGGCUACCGCCUGGACAUGACUCGCAUGGCCUGCGUUGACAUCAACGAGUGUGAUGAGGCCGAGGCUGCCUCCCCGCUAUGCGUCAACGCGCGCUGCCUCAAUACGGAUGGCUCCUUCCGCUGUAUCUGCCGCCCGGGAUUCGCACCCACGCACCAGCCGCACCACUGUGCGCCCGCGCGGCCCCGGGCCUGAGCCCUGGCACCUGCUGGCCGCCCAUCCGCGCCUACCACACGGGGCCCCUGCAGCUCAUCCUGCAGCCCUCUUAUGCGUAUGUGCACAGGGCGGCCGCCCGGACCUGGAGAAGGGACCUACGGACGCCUGGAAGCUGCGACGCCCUGCACUGCCCCGCCUCCCCCAGCGCUCCCACUGAUGCGGUGGUCCCGGGCCUGGCCCAGGGGCCCCUUCACAUGCCCUUUCCCUUUUAUAAAAUUCUCCAUUAAAACCCACCUAUUUUGUA